AUGCAACUGGAGUGUCCGGUACAAGCGCUGCCGCAUGAGUUGGCCAUAUGGCGCAUGCUGGACCGGGCCAGCUUGUGCCAGGCUGCCCUUGUAUGCCACGCCUGGCACUUCCUCUCCUCCGACAAUCACCUCUGGCGAGAGCUGUGCCGUAGGGAGCUAGCGGGUGUGGAGUGGACUCCCCGCAUGCUGGCUCGUCGCCACAAGUCGUGGAAGCGCCACUUCGCCGUCUGUAUCUCCUUGUACUACGACCUGGACAAGGAGCCCAAGUAUCGCUCCGUUGCGGUGUUGCCGCAUGCAAUCAGGUCUCCACCGUCGGGCAAGCUCGCGGUUGCCUUGAUUCUUGCCGAAGACCAGGUCAAUGUGCGCGCGCAGGCUGCCGAGCUGAGCGUCGCCUGCUUCGAUCUCGAAUACCUGAAGGCCUUCCACAGGGACCGAAAAGCCAUCAAGAAGUGGGCGCGCCAGUACUCGAGCCUCCGCGCUCCGCGGCACCUUCUGCCGCAAGUCGUAAGAGCCCUGGGUCCCCAGAUUUGUCGGAUGAACAAGCUACCCAAGGUCUUGCCAGAUGAUCUCCCAUUGUCAGCCGUGCUCGAGGAGCACAGCCGCACCGCGACCGUGCAGUUGAGCAAAGUUCCGUACAUUGACGUGGCCGUGGGCAAUGUGGGUAUGAGCGUCGCGCAGCUCGUGGAGAAUGUGAACCCAGUUCUAGCACAGGUGACGGAAGUCCUGUCGAUCCCAUGGGACCGGGUGAAGCGCAUCACGUUGCACGCCACCAAAGGACCCUCCUUCACCGUUUACACAGCGAGUCACGUCCCACCGGCCCCGCCCGGUCUCAGCUGGACGCGCCGCCCGACGCCACCACGGCAGCUGCAGCCCAACGCGAAUUUGACCCAAAAAGGAUAA